UCAAAUGCUCAUGCAUUGGAUAAGGGAGCUGGCCAGCAGCCAGAGAGUGAGGAGCUGAUAUUUAAAGGGACAGGCCCUCCCUUUCGGUGAAGCUCUCUAAUUCUUCACGCAGCGCUGGGAGCCAUCACCUAGGUAACCAGUCUCAGCCUGGCCGCUCCUCCUCACACAGACACAGCAUCUCCAGCCAGCAUCUUUUCGAGAGCUGCCUUGGCGAGAGUGACAAUUCUGGACCACCAUGGUGAAGCUGGGGAGUAACCUGUCAGAGAAGCCAGAGAAGGAGCAGGGCAGUGGAGGUGGUGGAGGGGAAGAUGGCUUUGACAAUAUUCCUUUGAUUACCCCACUGGAUGUCAACCAGCUCCAACAGCCAUUCCCAGACAAGGUGAUCGUCAAGACCCGAACAGAAUACCAGCUUCAGACGAAGAAAAAGAGAAAGUUACAUGUUCCUGGAAUCAAGAGGCUGAAUGUCAAUCUGUAUGAUGAAGUAUCAGAAAAGGUCAAGUUGACAGGGCUCAUCCUCAUCACGAUGGCGUUCCUGGCCUGUCUCCUCAUGCUGGUCAUGUACAAGGCUCUCUGGUAUGACCAGUUAAGCUGCCCAGAAGGUUUUGUGUUUAAGCACAAGCACUGUACUCCUGCAGCUCUAGAGAUGUAUUAUUCUGAGCAGGAAGCAGGACCCCGAGGAAGUCUCUACACGGCUAUUAACCACUUAACUCAAGCCAAGAAAACCAUCCCUGAACUGCCUUCACCGUGGUUACCAGUAAUUAAUGCCUUGAAGGAAGCAGAGAAAGCUAAGGAUGAGCCGCCCAUUUCUCAGCAAUAAGAGACCCAGGGCAGAAAGCAGAUACAAGAGAAUUGUAAUUUUUAGGAUAGAUGUAAUCAUUUAAAGUAUUAAGAGCAUUGUACAAGCCCUCCCCCCCCCCCACUUUUUAGUCAACUCCAAUGGUUUUUGAGUGAAACCAGGAAGAAAUGUCUUGUUCAAGGACUUUACUUCCUCUCUUCCCUCCCUACCCCGACAUACAAAGAAAGAGAAAGAUACUGAGGGGAUAUCUCAUGCAUUCCAGAUAAGAACUCUUCUUCUCCAUCCCUCCUGUUUGAACCAACAUGAAAGUGGGUCUCUUCCUUCUUUAUUUGAAGAGCACCUACUGGAUUUUCUACAUCUGGAGAGCUCAGUAUCAGGGAAGUAAAGGCUAAGCUGAGGCUAGAAUUAACCCAUUCCUAUCUUCCUUCCCAAGCUGGGCUGAGUGAAGUCCCUUGAUUCCUUUCUCCAAAUACCAUACACAAUUUGGGGAUGUUUCUCUGAGAAAUCUUAGCUGGCUGGAUUUAGAGCUUCUUUUCCUUACCACUGCUCACCCAACUAGGAGUAUUGUUUUGUUUUUUCUCUUGACAAGAUUUCUGGAGGCCAGAGUCUACAGGAUUGCCCAUUACCUUGUUUUUAGAGUCAAGGACAAAGUAGCAGACGUUGUUCAGGCAGAUCCAUAAAGUGGCAACCCCAGGGUGCUGAGGCUUUUUUGUUGCCAUUUGGAAAUAAACAUUGGGAAGCUCUUUCACAUUUAUUAGAGCAAAGCUUCUCUAUGUAAUGUAUGCUCUGGCUUUUCUGGGUUUGCAAUUUGAUUGCUAAUUACAAGGCUAAAUUUGAAACCCAUUUAAUUACAGCACUUCUGACUUAGGGGUGCUAGGAGAUUUUUCCUCCUUUUUUCCCCUCCCUUUUGCCUGACCUUUGUCUGUAUUCUGGACCUGGUGUGAAUCCUUGUGCUACUCUUCCUGUCUCCACUAGGUGUUUGUGCUUCCACACGGACCUUUAGUUUUGUUUAAAUAAUUAUUAUUAAUUAUUAUUCUCAUUGUUUUUGCUGUGAAGAUUCCCCACACCCUCACACUCUGUAUGGUUUUCUAGGAAUUGUGAAUUGUUACAUUUGUAAAAACUAUUGGUUGUCUGCUCGCAAGUGCCAAAAUGGAUGUGGUGAUUGGCAGCAUUUUUCCCCAAGUAAAAAUAAAUGUUCAUCCUUAGCUCCUC